AUGAAAAUAGUCCUGCUUUUCCUGAUUUGCCUAGUCUCCUUGAGCCACAGCAGCCGGAAACAUCGAAGAAGUCAUCGGUACAAUGAAAAUUGGGACCACCAUGUCAAACAUCAUCACAGGAGGACCGGCGCGAUGCCAGUUCCCGUCGUUUUGUGGCAUGGAAUGGGUGGGUUUUUUUUUCCAACUUUCUCACCAGGGAAUGGUCUCAGCUCACAGUGAGACUUCUGAAUGAGACCACGUUGUCUAGUUGUAGUUUUUUAUGCUGGUUCCAAAUCCUGUCUUAAAAGCCGCCAUAUUCGUCUGUGAAAAAAGUUAUGGACCCUCAAAAGUCGAAAAACUCAUAGUCUUCGAUCGAGCUCAUUUUUGGAGGGUAUAUAGAUCUUGUCCCUGUGAUCACGAGAACCUGUUUAGUCUUUCCAAAAAAUAUUUGUGGGUCUAGAUAUGAUCUUUCAAAGCCCCGCCAAACACAUGAGCAUGCGAGCGCUGUGUCCUAUUGCGAAUUUUCGACUUUCGAGGGUCCAUAACUUUUUUCACAUGCCUCGGUGGCAGCUUUUGAAACCGGAUUUGGAAUCGGCAUUAAAAACUACAUCGAGAAAACGUGGUCUCAUUCAGAAGUUCCCACUGUGAGCUGAUAGUGAGACCAUUCUCUGGUCAGUAAUCUGUCUUCCUUGGUUGGUGCAGUUUGUAUGUGAAACGGAAAAUAGUUUUCAGGAGAUUGUUGCUGUAAUCCCAUGUCGAUGGGCUCAAUGAUACGACUAUUGGAGGAGCAGAUCCCGGGAAUUCAUGUUCACAGUCUGAAGCUCGGAGAGAAUAUCGCAUCGGUGAGAUGAUUCGUUUUGGAAUCAUCAAAAACGUUCUCUUCAAAAAAUCUCAAGUCGGAAUGAAACUUCAUAACGUCGCACGAUUAAUGGCUCAUCUGCGGAGUGGUUAUUUGAAACGCGCCCGACUCAAAACGACGCAAGAUAGCCUCAUGAAUCAUUAGAACUAGCUUAUAGUCCGUCCGCCACGACUUGACAGUUUUCGCGUUUCUGCGUCUCUCUAUUCUCUCACCAACGAGGUCAGAGAAACAUGGAAACAGCACGUUAACAUGAGAGAGACGUCGAGAAAUAAGGAGGGCGCAGAGAAGUCCCGAAACGGGUAUAACCACAACAUUUUGAGCCAUUCCAAGUGCGACCACGGUUUAUAUUCAACCCGAAGGAAGUAUUCGAAAAACGUCAAACUCUCUUAGACUUCAAAGACCUCCCUCAAAAUCCAAGAGCUUCUGUAAAUUCUCUAACCUCAAAAUGUCCCCCAAAACAGUUUCAAAACUCCAAAAAUAAAUAAAAACUACCUUCAGGACACGGAAAGAGGUUUCUUCGCCAAUAUGAACGAAAUGGUGGCGUUGGCUUGCAAGCACAUAAAAGAAGAUCCGAAUUUGGCUCAAGGCUACAACGCGAUGGGAUUCUCUCAGGGUGGACAGUUUUUGUAAGCUUCAAAUAUUUUUUUUUUUUUGAUAAGAAGAAAAAAAAGUUUAGACGUGCGGUGGCGCAACGCUGUCCGGACCCGCCGAUGAAAAACUUGAUCUCAGGUUUUUUUAUUCAUAGUUUUUUGGAAAUUUUUUCUGGAAGUUUCAAAAGAGCAUGGAACGAUGUUAUGGAGGUCUCGCAACAGAAUUGAGGAAGAUUUCUGAAAAAAAUAGAUUUUCAUGCUGCUUUUUAUACUUUCGUAUAUAUUCCGAGUCAAAAAAAGCUUUCUACAAAAAAAAGGAAUUCUACAGCUUAACUGUUUUUAAAAGGACAGAAGAAUAUCGGACACAAGCUUUUUUUUUUUCCAGAAAACAUUUAAAAAACAGCUUUCUCUGCGGAUAGCCGUGCUUGACCAGGAAAAUAUCACUGAUACUGAGAAAAAAAGCAACUUCGGGAAAAAUUCCAAAUUGAACGCCUUUUUAUCUGAAAAAUAAACUCGAAUAAAAAAAUUAGAAAAAAAUUAACUUGCUUAUCAUUUAAAAAAACUUUCAAUGACACAUUCAAUUCGAAAAAUGUUAAACUUGUUAAAAACAAAUAAUUUUGCAGUCGGCGGCCAGCAACAAGGAGUUUUCGGAAUGCCCUACUGUCCUGGCGACACCUUCGUUUGUAACUCGAUUCGGAAGCUAUUGGAUCUUGGAGCUUAUACCUCUUAUGUUCAGGACAAGUGAGAGAAACAUUUAUUUUUUGUUUGCCAAAAUAAGUUUAUCAAUGAAGAAAACUUCGAAAACAGCUCAAUACUGAAAAAUCUUGGCUAACAGUUUAUUUCUGACCGGAAUAAAGAUACCUAAUCCCUAGUUUUUCACCAGGGAGCUAAAUAUUCCUGAAAAAAAAGUUAUACCUUAUUUUAGUACUUGAGACUCCAAAAAAAGAUAAAAAAAGCUGGAUUCUCACUUUUUUUCUUAUAAUUAACCUCCUAUAAUUAACCUCCACCGAGAAAUAACCAGGCCUUGACGUAACUUUUUUUGACGUUUCGUGAUAUUCGCAAGUUUUUUUCAAGCUUUAAGGCUUGUAAGGACUUUUUAUUGAGUUCCAACUAUUGAAAAUCAUUCUCCCCUCAAUCACAUUAUAAUUAAAAAUUGUAAAAGAAACCUAAUUUCGUUGGAUUAUUUUUAUUUUCCAGUUUUAUCCGUUUUGAAGGUUUUAAAAAAGAUUUUUCCUUCCAAGAUUUGUUCUCAAAGAAAUUGGUAAGGUCCCUUGAAAGCUUUUGAAGUUGUUUUUUUGGUAGAAAAAUAAAUUCAUUGGAAUUCUCGUAGCACCUGCUUCAGAUUCCAUUACUAAGAAUGCUGGAAAUUUAUUAUUUUUCCAUUGGCAGGUUUAAAUUCUAAGAAGUUACGGAAGUAAAAUAAAAAAAAAAAUCUAGAAUUUAUGCUCAUUUUUUUCCAGAGUAGUACAAGCUCAGUACUGGCACGAUCCCUACGCCGAGGAGGAGUACAAAAAGAAAAGCAUUUUCUUGGCUGAUAUCAAUAAUGAGAGGGUUUUCUCAAAAUUCCUUUCCUUUAAAAACAACACUUCAAGGAGAUCAACGCGACCUACAAGCAAAACUUGUUGAAACUGAAAAACUUUGUGCUUGUCUUGUUCAAGAGAGACUCGAUGGUCGUCCCCAAAGAGUCUGCGGUUAAAUAUUUAUCUUUUUUCCUGACGAAAUUCUCGCGUUUUUCAGUGGUUUGGAUUCUACAAGCCUGGAGAUGAAGAUACGAUUUUACAAAUGAAUGAGACUCGUCUCUACUCGGAGGUUUUCCAGUAAAUCUUGAAAUACUAAUUAAUAUCCGUUCCAGGACCGGAUUGGAAUCAAAAAACUGAACGAAAGUGGUCGUUUGCACUUCCUCGCUGUCGAUGGAGACCAUUUACAAGUGCCUCGAGCUGUCUACAUUGACAUUUUCAACAAAUUUUUCAAAUAA